AUGUUGUCCUCAGGGCGAGCAAAAUUGAGAGACUCGGUAAAAGUAGGCGCCAUGUUCCCGGAAGCAUGCACGCUCCAGGCGGCAGAUAAGAUGACGUCACCGCGUGUCCUCGAUACGCAUGUGCCCUUAAAACUUUUCCCAAAGGGGGCUUUAAAAUCCAAAAUAAUCUACACUGUUCGUAAUCCCAAGGACGCGUGCGUGUCUUUCUAUCACCAUCAGAAAGGCAUGUCGAUGUACAGGCUUGACAACGUAUCGUGGGAAGGCACGUUAGAGUUAAUGAUUAAUGGGAAAGCUUAUUACGGAAACUGGUUCGACCACGUGGAAGAAUGGUUGAAAGUUCUGGAGAACAAUUCAAACGCCCUCAUUGUGACGUACGAGGACAUGAAAAUGGAUUUUAAGAAACAAGUGCGCCGCGUGGCAGAAUUCCUGGGCUACAAACGGUCAGAUAAGUUCUACGAUGACGUAGCCAAGCUGUGUUCUUUUGGUUACAUGAAAAAAGAAAAGAGGGAAAUCAAAUCGGCAUGGAGCAAAGAAAGUGAAGGGAUCUACAGAAAAGCUUGGGAAGUAGAAGCAGCAUUCCAAAGCAUAGAGAAUGGGAAACAAGUAGUUGCCAUGAUGAAAGCCAUGCCAGCAAAAUCCUGCUCACUGGACCCACUGCCAACAUACUUAGUAAAGGAUUGCAUAGAAGCAGUAUUUCCAGCACUCAUGAAAAUAACAAAUACAUCUUUUGAGUCUGGAAUUUUUCCUGAUCUCUGA